AUGCACCACGACAUGCAACAUGGCUCGGACUCGGACGCCAUCGAGCCUGAUUUCUCGGAUGUCGAUUCAACAUACCCCGAGUCGUUAGGUGACGCCAGUCAUACCACCAGUAUCACAUCCACUGCUCUAAAUUAUCAAUACCACUCCUACCAUGAAGGCGAAUAUGUCCUACCCAACGAUGAACAAGAACAAGAUCGUCUUGAUCUGAGCCACCACAUUUAUCUGAUGCUCCUCAAGGGAGAGCUUCAUGUUGCUCCUGUAAAAAGCCCUAGGAGGGUAUUAGAUCUUGGUACAGGUACUGGGAUAUGGGCCAUUGAUUUUGCAGACGAACAUCCGGAAACAGAGGUAAUUGGAAUCGAUUUUAGUUCCAUUCAACCAUCAUGGGUACCUCCAAACUGUCGCUUUGAAAUUGACGACUUCGAACAACGAUGGUCAUACAGCCAGCCAUUCGAUUUCAUCCAUGGACGCGAGCUAGAAGGCGCCAUCCGCGAUCACGACACAUUGUUCCAACAAUCAUAUCAAUAUUUGAAUCCAACCGGAUGGCUGGAGAUGUCCACGAUUGAAGUCAACACAUAUUCCGAUGACGACACUCAUCUCAAAGCAACGAAUUUACUUGAGAGCGUGGCGCAUUUACACGCAGGGUCAAAGAUGUUUGGAAAGGACAUGACAUCCGUCUUUACCUGGAAGGAGAAAAUGGAAAAGGCAGGCUUCGUUAAUGUGGAAGAAAGAACAUUCAAGCUGCCACAAAGUCCGUGGCCUAAGGAUCCCAAGCUGAAGGAGCUGGGACGAUAUCAUCAACUCAACAUGUUGGAAGCGAUGCCCCCUUAUAGUUAUGCGCUAUUCACACGCAUGCUAGGGUGGGAUCGAGUGCGGAUUGAGGCUCUUUUGGCAGGGGUCCGCCAUGAAUUAAAAGAUCUGUCGAACCAUUUGUAUUCAAAGGUUCAUAUAGUAUACGGGCAAAAGCCAGAGUGA